ACUUGCGUUUACACGUGUCGUGGUAACAGUUUAGGAGGCUCUCAUUCUCACAGGUUGACAGCGGUCGUUGCCACCAUCUAGCCUCUCUCUCUCUCUCUCUCUCUCUCUAACCCAUCUGGUUAGGCGUCAUGGCUGGGAAGAAAAGGAGGAAAGUGAAACUAUUAAGUGAAACGAUCAUGGAUGGCGAAAGAGAUAUGACUAGGGAGAAGGAAGUGCAGGGAGAGCAACAAACCUGGUCUGAGCUCCCAACAGAACUUUUGGAACUGAUUAUGUCCCACUUAACCUUAAAGGAAAAUAUUUGUGCUUCUGCGGUGUGCAAGAGAUGGUUCUCGAUUGCUGUCUCAGUCCAAGUGGUGAAUCAACCCCCAUGGAUUAUGUACUUUCCAAAAUUUGGUGACUUGUAUGAAUUCUAUGACCCGGCACAGCGCAAGUCUUAUUCCCUUGAAUUACCACAGUUGCACGGAUCAAGGGUUUGUUAUACUAAAGAUGGUUGGUUGCUUCUAUACAGACCCCAAACACACCGUGUUUUCUUCUUCAAUCCCUUUACUCAGGAAUUGAUCAAAUUGCCGAAAUUUGAGAUGACUUACCAGAUAGUUGCCUUCUCUUCUGCUCCAACUUCUCCGGGAUGUAUUGUUUUUACAGUAAAGCAUAUCAGUCCCACAGUUGUUGCUAUUAGCACCUGUCAUCCCGGGGCAAUGGAGUGGACCACUGUUAAUUACCAUAAUCGCUUGCCAUUUGUCAGCAGUAUUUGGAAUAAGCUGGUUUUCUGCAACGGGCUCUUUUAUUGUCUGAGUCUUACUGGUUGGCUCGGGGUUUUUGAUACGCAAGAGCGUACAUGGAUUAUCCGUGUUGUGCCUCCCCCUAAAUGCCCUGUGAACUUUUAUGCCAAAAAUUGGUGGAAGGGCAAGUUUAUGGUGGAGCAUGAGGGAGAUAUUUUUGUUAUAUACACUUGUUGCAGUGAAAACCCUAUUGUAUUUAAGCUAGAUCAGACAAACAAAGUGUGGGAAGAAAUGAAAAGCCUUGGUGGUGUGACCUUUUUUGCGAGCUUCUUGUCAUCCCAAGCAAGAAUAGACCUUUUGGGAAUAAUGAGAAACAGUAUCUACUUCUCUAAAGUUCGUUUCUAUGGAAAGAAUUGCAUAUCAUACUCUCUUGAUGAGCGCAGGUACUAUCCCCGUAAGCAAUGUCAUGAUUGGGGAGAACAAGAUCCAUUUGAGAGCAUUUGGAUUGAACCACCUCAAGACCGCUCAACCCUCGUUUAAAGAAGGCUUAGGAUGGAGGUGAGAAUGUUCAAGUCCAUUUCUCCAAAGAGCAGUUUGAAAGUAGUCUAAUGAUUGUACUUCUCACCCGGAGCAUUUCCGGCCCCAAAAAUCUGAAUUAUUUUAGCUCCAUAGAAGCAGCAUCCCGACAAGGAAGCCGAUUCACUUCAGGAAGCUUGGCUCAGUGAAAUUCCAUAUACUGGGGACCAAAGGAGUUGCAUCUUUACUUCAGCAUUGGCAUCUGAAGUUCUGAGGCUUUCCAGAUCCAUGGAAACAACUAUGGUACAACGCAUGAGUUCAAGCCCCAGCAAUGUAUUGUAUCUCAAAAUAGUUCCAAAAUAAAACUUUUAAGAUCAGAUCUGUUUAGUGCUAUUCUUGUUGCUAUGUGUAGUUGAAUGUAGUUGUUGACUAGAUGACAUGUAAACCGUUACUCCUCCUUUGAGGACUCCUCUCAUGUUUGUCAUUGGUUCAGUAAGGUAUAUCAUUUAUCUCUAGGUAUAAGGACAUAAGGCUGUCUUCAGAAUUCAAAUUGCCAUAGCACAUCUACUUUUCAAUUUAGCAAUAACAAAUAUAAUACUGUGUUGUUUGCUCAGUUAGAUUAUU